AUGGCUCAACCGGUGAAUGCUGCUGCGCCAUCCACUGCUGCUCCUGCAUGUGAAGGCAUGAUGACUGAUGACCAGCGCUUCCUCCUGACCGUCAUUUUUGGAACAUACUUUGGGCCCCAACUCAAAGGUGAAAGGUCACCCUACAAGUCGGCGAUGCAGAGGGUACGUGAGAGAUUGCCACGGUAUACUCAUGAUCAGCUGGCUGGGUCCCAGAUGAUGGUGGUGCAAAUGAUACAUACGUAUUAUCACAUACUUAGGAAGGCUGAUAAAUCGGUCGUGCUGGCCCUGUCAUUUUUGCUCAAGUUCCUCCAUGACACACUUCCAGCCAAAGUGCUUGGUCCUACUAGCAAUUACCCUCGGUUCAUCGACCUAUUUCCAAUUGACCUGCACCUUUGGUCUUUUGUCGAGGGGCGGUUUAUGGCGAUAGACAAUGUCGUCUUCAUCGAUAACCCGAGCACCUCUUUCCUCAGGGAAGAGGUAGUUGCAAGGUUCAAGAGUUUGACUGGGCUGCAGGAGUUCAUUCUUGAUAAAGACGUGGCCAUAAUACCUGCUUAUGUCACCGACAAAUCGUUUUAUGAAGUGGUAGCGAGGGACGCGCAUUCAGAGGAACAGUCUCAUUUUUUCAUGCCUUCUGGUGGUUCUCACCGAAGAAGAUGCAAGAGUAAUGUGGCUCUAGAUGUAAAGCCUCUUCGAAUGGUUCCACACGAAGGCUCACCCUCCUCCACGUCGGCAAGGUCCUCUAGAGUACGCGACACCUACUUCAAGGCUCAACUUGAUCCUAAGGUGGUGUUUUCUCCACUCAGUACGACGGAGGUGCAAUAUCAUGGUGCUGCAGCCGCCUGUAAUGCCGGAGUCGGAGUGGCUGGGAAUGCGGAAGCACAAAGGCUGUUCCGAACAUUUGGUUGGGAAGUUGACAUGAGCGGCGAGGUCUUAAUUGAAGGAGAGACUGCCACGAGUGGGCAGGUGGUUGAGAGCAGAACAGGAAACCUCUGUCCAUCCGGACACUUCUCUCUGUGUUUUCAGCUGCCCAGUCGAGUCGAUCCCAGACUGUCCAACUGCAACUUUGGCUCAGAUGGGAUCUUCGAAGGAGUUGUGAAGAAGCUGAUCGACAAUUGA